ACAUUUACUUACACUAUAAUAACACUAUGGACUGUUUUAUUGUUAUUCUAUAUUUUUUUAUAGUUAUAAUUAAUAUUUUUGACGUCAAUUAUUUUGUGCGUACAUAUUUCACAGUGUUAAGUGGUAGAAUAUAUCAAAAGACAAUAUCUUUAAAUGAGGUUACGACCAUUUAUGGUUUUUGUAGUUUUCACGACUGCGAUAUAAGAUUUCAGAAUCUUCGUUUGGCCAGAAUACUUCGCGAGAUAGAUUUUGCGAGAUAUCAUUUUUAUGACCGUACUGGUAUAUAUCGUAAAAGUAGGAGCUUGAAAAUAAAGUCUCUACAAGGUUGUACCCACACAAUAUGCAUGGACCCAGUGAACUUAUUGGCUUUUUAUAAAAUAAAUACAAAGCUUGUUUAUUGGGACGAACGAUCAUUAUUUCUUGAACAUGAAUUGGCGACAAUAUCCGACAACAAAAUACGAUACUCAAUAAUAUCUCGUCAGCAUGCUAUUGGAGAAAACGGGGAAUCUUGUGAAUAUCUUCUGGAAAGCUUGCCUGGCUUCAAUAAAAAACCCAACUGUCCAGACUACAUAAAGAUCUGGCUUCACAGUAUGAAUAUAACAAGCAUUAAAUUAAAUAACAAGAAGAGGGAUAGCAACAUUCAUUGCAUUCAUAGUGAAUAUUGAAGGCAACAGACGAGUCAAGUGGCAGUCACUUACUAAUACUCGUAUUAGACAUAAUAAACAAAUUUAUAUAAAUACAGAGAAGAA